CUUGCCAGGUCGCUGCAUUCAGACUGCUGUGAAGUGGUGCUGCAGCCCGAACAGGAGAUCGUUUUAGUCCAGGACCGAGUCAUCAUGCAUGGGGGGAAGAGGGGGCUGGUGGCCCCACAGAACACCUUCCUGGAAAACAUUGUCCGGCGCUCCAGCGAAACCAGUUUCCUGUUGGGAAAUGCACAGAUUGUGGAGUGGCCAGUUGUGUACAGCAAUGAUGGAUUCUGCAAGCUGUCUGGAUACCACAGAGCUGAGGUCAUGCACAAGAGCAGCACGUGCAGCUUUAUGUACGGUGACCUGACCGACAGAAAGACUACAGAAAAAAUUAGACAAACCUUCGACAGCCAUGAGUCUAACUUCCACGAGGUGCUUCUUUAUACCAAGAACAGAACACCAAUAUGGCUUUACAUGCAAGUCGCUCCGAUCCGAAAUGAAAACGACAAGGUGGUGCUUUUCCUCUGCACCUUCAGAGACAUCACACUUUUCAAACAGCCCAUCGAAGAUGAAUCAGCUAAAGGAUGGACUAAAUUUGCGAGGCUCACGAGAGCACUUACCAACAACCGUAACUUGGUUCAGCAGUUGGCGCCUCUAAACAAGACCGAGGUCAGCCACAAGCCAUCCAGGCUGGUAGAGGCUCUUCAGCUGGGAUCAGAUAUUCUCCCCCAGUACAAACAAGAGGCCCCUAAGACCCCCCCUCACAUCAUCCUCCACUACUGCACCUUCAAGACCACGUGGGACUGGGUCAUCCUAAUCCUCACCUUCUACACCGCCAUCAUGGUGCCCUACAACGUCUCCUUCAGGACCAGACACAACAACCUGGCUUGGUUGGUGGUGGACAGCGUUGUUGACGUCAUCUUCCUGAUUGACAUUGUUCUGAACUUCCACACUACAUUCGUGGGUCCAGCUGGGGAGGUUAUAUCCGACGCCAAGCUGAUUCGAAUGAAUUACCUAAAGACGUGGUUUGUCAUCGACCUGCUGUCCUGCUUGCCCUAUGACAUCAUCAACGCCUUUGAAAAUGUUGAUGAGGAUGUGAUCCCACACGCCUCUCCAUCGAGCCAUCUCCGGGACUUUUCCCAUUUCCACAGAAACACCACACGGGUAGAAGACUCUGUCCUCCCAGGUCUCAGCAGCCUCUUCAGUUCCCUAAAAGUGAUCCGCCUGCUUCGAUUGGGCCGAGUGGCCCGAAAACUGGACCACUAUCUGGAGUACGGUGCAGCCGUCUUGGUCCUGCUGGUGUGUGUCUUUGGUCUGGUGGCCCACUGGCUCGCCUGCAUCUGGUACAGCAUCGGGGACCACGAGGUGAUCGACGAGUCCACCAACAGCAUCAAGACGGACAGCUGGCUCUACCAGCUGGCCUUGAGUAUCGGGACGCCUUACCGCUACAACGCCAGUGGGACGGGCCAGUGGGAAGGUGGUCCCAGUAAAGACACCCUGUACAUAUCUUCUCUCUACUUCACCAUGACGAGCCUGACCACCAUCGGAUUUGGCAACAUUGCUCCGACGACAGAUGGGGAGAAGAUUUUCUCCGUGGCUAUGAUGAUGGUGGGCUCGUUGCUGUAUGCAACCAUCUUUGGGAACGUCACCACCAUCUUCCAGCAGAUGUACACCAACACAAACCGAUACCACGAGAUGCUCAACAAUGUGCGGGACUUCCUCAAGCUGUACCAGGUUCCCAAAGGCCUGAGUGAAAGAGUGAUGGACUUCAUCGUCUCCACGUGGGCCAUGUCUAAAGGCAUCGACACCGACCGGGUUCUGUCCAUCUGUCCCAAAGACAUGCGUGCAGACAUCUGUGUGCACCUCAACAGGCAGGUGUUCAACGACCACCCGGCGUUUCGCCUGGCAAGUGACGGCUGUUUACGCUCGCUCGCUGUGGAAUUUCAGACCAUCCACUGUGCACCUGGGGAUCUAAUUUUCCACAUCGGUGAGAGCGUUGAUACGCUCUGCUUCGUUGUUUCCGGCUCGCUCGAAGUCAUCCAGGAUGACGAGGUCAUCGCAAUACUAGGUAAAGGUGAUGUAUUCGGGGACGUGUUCUGGAAGGAGACCACCCUAGCUCGAGCCUGUGCAAACGUCCGAGCGCUGACCUACUGCGACCUGCAUGUCAUCAAGAGAGAAGCUCUGAUGAGGGUGCUGGAUUUUUACACGGCGUUCGCCAACACGUUCUCUCGCAACCUCAUCCUCACCUGUAAUCUACGGAAACGGGUAAUCUUCAGAAAGAUUGCUGAUGUGAAGAGAGAGGAGGAGCGCCAGAAGAGUGAGGUGGCUCUCUCCAUCCCCGAAGACCAUCCUGUUCGCAAGUUGUUCCAGAGGUUCAAGCAGCAGAGGGACUCUCAAACGUUUGACCAAAACUGUGUGCAGGUGGAGCCGGAGCACCACCAGCACUACGACUCCUUCAGUCAGUGUCAAAGUGUGUCCUCUCAACAGCAGGAGUGCAACAGGAAAUCCUCAGCAGGACGGGGGAGUAUAAGCAAUGGCUGCAGUGUGGUCAUGCAUCUGCAAACAGUCACAGAUGCUGGAAAGUCAGAACUAAACUGCACACAAGAAACUGUGAAGUCUAAAUCAAGACUAAGUGCAGAGGUUGAGAUUUGUCACAAGAGCAGCAGUGGUGCAUGUGCAGAGGGAGCUGCAGGUGGCGUUACCAAGAGCAGCGGCAGCAGAGGUGUCCGAGGGUGGGCCAAAUUUAAGAGUGCCAUCUCUGCUGAGCCGUCGCUUCCUGAUGCAGAGCAAGAGAAGAGAGCACAGAAAACAGAGGAGUGGCCGCAUGCAGCCAUGCAGCCUUCGGAGGAGUCUGCAGCUCCUGAAAAGAACCAGGAACCAGAGGAGAACGGGCAAACAGGUGGCAACACAGCAGGAGAGGCGGGGGAGGAAACCAGCAUCCUGCACAAAACGGACUCCUGCGACAGCGGCAUCACUAAGAGUGACCUGCGCAUCGAUCGAGCCGGAGAUUCGAGAAGCUCCUUCGAGCGAAGUCCGAUGGAAAAGAGCCCACUGGAGAGAAGUCUGUUUGAGCACAGUUUAGGGGUUUACACUGAGGUGUGUAUGAGACAGUCCUUCCUCCAGCCGGUGUCUGAGCAGUCCCUGCUUCAGGCGGCACUGCACGAGGCCAAGCUGGAGCUGAAAGGUGACAUUAGGAAACUGAGCAGCCGCCUCUCUCUGCUGGAGUCGCAUGUGAGUGAGAUCCUCAGGUUGCUAUCGAUGAAAAGAAGACUCUCGCUGCCCCCGACUCCUACGAAACCGAGAAUAAGACGUCACGACUCGAUCAGCGCCACCAGACGUGUCGCUCCCAAAGCAGAAGAAGAAACUUUUGAUUUUGCUCAGGACUGACACGGAAAAACAGACGUAGAUAAGCAUCCUGCAUGACCUGUUGGACUGGAAAAUGUUUCCAGCACUUUGACUGCAUGUUUAAUGGAGUUUUUGCAUCAGAUUCCAGGGAAAUUUUGUAGAAAUUUAACACAUCGGACAUUUUUAUGGGUGGAAAAAGAAAAGAAUGGCAGUGACACAAAGAAUGAACAAAAAUAAAUACCGAUUAUGCCGGGUCGCAUUUUAAAUGCAGAUCUGCUGCAUGUUCAAAACAACUUUUUUUGACAUAUCUGGUUGUAAUUAGUUAUUUAAGGCUUCAAAAACACCAUGAUUGUGUGGGGGAGAGGAGGUGGACAGGGGAGUGUCCAGGGAGUGACCUAGGGUAGCACGUGCCACCCCUGGAAUCCGGUUUGCUACCCCAGGUGCAUUGUUUAGAGAUGCAUCCUUUAAAUGUAUUCCCCUGCCCCCUACAAAAUAACAAAUAAAUAAAUAAAUAGCAUGACCAUAAAUGCCAUCCAUGCACAAGUGCCCCACCUGGGCCCCCCUAUUUAAAAGGACCUGGGCACGCCACUGGAGGUGGAAUCUUCAUCCCCACAUUUUUUGAGUGCGCUGACUUUUAUUUUUAACAUUACAGAUGCAUUAGUUACCCACCUCUACCCCCUUGUGGUGACUGGGGGAUACUGCAGCUUAACUCAACUGUAACAGCAGCAGUAACGGAUGAAGAUGUUAAUAAACACUGUUACAGAGGAGGACUUGUUCCUACAUACGCAUGCACGCACAUGCACACUAUCAAGACCUCAGGAAACCGUUCCAAAUUUGUAGAAAGAUGAUAAAAUAUCUUUUUAUAUUUUAUUGUCUCUGUUCUCGUUACUGUUGGCUUGCACUUUGUGUUUUUGAGACAUUUUCCUGCUUUUGUUUUAUAAGUCGUAAAAGCAACUUUGACAUUUCCACUUGCACAAUGAUAAAGAAAAUAAUAUUUUCAUCUUGUGAUUUUGUUCAUUCUUGCUGUAGCUUUGUUUGCAUCAGGUAAUUAUUAAAUGUGCCUUACAAAUUAAAGCGUCAUUAGGAGGUCUUUUCAUGAGGUUUUGUGGAUACUUAGUUGUUUUUCCAAACCAGCAUUGCAGAAUUAAUGAAAAACUUAUGUGGGACAUGCUUUAGUUUAUUUACCUUUUAAGAAAUGUUUUGCCCUGUGCACAGAACAAAAAAUAGCAAUGUAAUAUUAGGUUGUAAAUCUUUUAACUUAUUUAAAUUUUUAAAAUGUGAAUACCUGAGCAGAUACCUGCAGCACAGUCGCUGUGUAUCCCAACAUUUUACUUGCUCAGGUAGGACGGUUUUAAAGGCUUUAUCUGUGAAUUACCUUCAUGUGAACUGUCAGGAAGCCAGCAUGUGGACGUAGUGCAUCUGUUUUAGAUAAGUUUAACCGCCUUGCAUGCAUCAGAGGGAACUUGUCAGCUGCUAAAUGAAUAAUGAAACUCGUGUCUGCUCCCCAGCUGUUGUUUGGUUUCUUAUGCAACACAUCUUUCUGUAAAUUACAGGCUCUGAAGUCAACAUGUAGCUUCAUAAGUUACAUGAGAAGUGUUUGAGAUCAGCUUUUUUCUGUCUGAAUGGGAGUUUCUCUGGAGAAUUAAACAUUAAAAACACAUUUGCUCAUG